AUGCAGUCCUAUCUGCAAUUUCGACGAUUGGGUCAUGCCGUUCACAGGCAACUUGAUAAUGGCCCCGAGCACGGUACGGCUUCUUCCGUGAAUAGUUCUGCUGCCCGCGAAGCAGUCAUACCGGAAUCGGGCCGAUUUAGCCAGGAUGGGACCGAGUCAGUUGUGGAUACGCUUUCGCGAAAUCUCACGCAGUAUUCUGAGAAAACGGCUCUGGGCAAUUCCCUCGCCGGCAUCGAGAUCCAGAAGCAGAUCGAUACUUCUGGUCCAGAUUCCCACCUGUUCAUUGUUGGCUGGGAAGAUGAGAAUGAUCCCCUCAAUCCUAGGAACUUUAGCUACGCCCGUCGAAUGGUCGCCACGCUACUCGUUACCGCAUUAGCUUUUGUUGUUGGCUCUGCGUCGGCAAUCGAGUCGGGAGUCUUACUCCAGAUCACAGAAGCGUACCACGUCAGUGAGGUUGUUGGUACAUUGGUGACUGGCGUUUAUCUCCUCGGUUUUGCAGUCGGCUCACUUGUUAGUGGACCACUGUCCGAAAUUCUUGGCCGCAAUGUUGUGUAUGCUGGAUCUCUUACCUUGUUUAUGAUUUUCAUCAUGGGCUCGGCCCUCGCCCCGAACAUCGGUGCCCAACUUGCCUUCCGCUUUCUAGCAGGUAUAUUUGGCUGUCCACCGUUGACAUGCGCAGGGGGUACCAUUGCAGAUCUGUGGAAUCCACUCGAAAAGACCAUCACGUUCCCUAUGUACGCCAUAUUGUCAUUUGGUGGCCCCAUAUUGGCACCUGUGAUUGCAUCGUUCAUUGGUCAAACAGGCGUCUUGGGAUGGCAGUGGACGGCUUGGAUAAUUCUCAUUGCCUCCGGCGCCAUCUUCGUUCUUGUUCUUCUCUUCCAGCCGGAGACAUACUCGCCGCUGCUGUUGAAAUGGAAGGGAAAGCAAUUGCGUCAGCAAACGGGCGACUCUCGUUUCCGUUCAGCAAUGGAAAUGGAGAAAGUUUCACUUUCUAGUCGAAUUGGUGGCGCGAUGAAGCGACAAUUCCUCAUCCCAUUCCAUGAACCUAUCAUCCUGCUCAUAUCGCUCUACAUGACUGUUCUCUACAUUGUGUUAUUCACAUUCUUCGACGGCUACACUUAUAUCUUUACUGAUGUGCAUGGCCUGUCUCAAGGUCUCACCAAUAUCGUCUGGGUGGCGAUGUAUGUUGGCAUCUUACUCGCAGGACUCCUGGUGCUUCCAGUUUACCGCUGGACCAAAAAGGACUUCACGGCUGCUGCACAGGAAAUCAAUGGCACUGAUCCAGCCUCUGAUCCCCGCGCCUUGGAUAACGUCCACACAAAACCCGAAAUUCGACUCUGGUUUGCCAUGUUUGGAGCACCAAUGAUUCCUAUUAGUCUAUUUUGGAUGGGCUGGACUGACUAUGCUUCGGUCUCAAUCUGGUCACCCAUCGUGGCAUCAGGUUUUUUCGGCUUCGGAUCUAUCUGCAUUUUCAUUAGCUCAUACAUGUAUGUUAUCGACGCGUACGAUAUUUACGCGGCGUCUGCACUGGGUUUCAUGACUGUUUCGCGGUACCUUGCUGCUGGUGUCAUGACCGUUGUUGGUAUCCCAUUUUACAAAAAUAUGGGUGUUCAUUGGACCCUCACCAUUCUUGGGUGCAUUAGCGCGAUCAUGGUCCCUGUACCGUACGUGUUUUAUCGAUAUGGGCCUAUCAUUCGGAGAUGGAGUCGUUAUGCUACGACGGAGGAGGUAAAGACUUGA